AACUCGUUGAAGAACUAGGAAAAGUAGUAGUAGAAGAAGAAGAAUUUCCAUCACUUCCGGUGACGGAGAAAUUUCAAUACCGCAGGCGCGAGAAUCUCCGAUCGUCAGCUGGAAGGGAGACAUGGCGGACAGCGGAGAAGUAAUCAUCCUCAGCGAUGAUGACGACGACUGUGACGACGACCUGUCCUGCCUCAUCCUGGAGGAGGAGGAGGAAGUGAAGAAAGCUGACUGUGCGUUGUCUCAAAGUUGCCUGGAUGAAGACCUGGUCGUUACCUACUCCCGCAGCGCUGAGGUGCUGCCUCACGCGCGCUACGACUGUCCCAUACAUCCAUUUAUGGCUACAGAUCGCGAGACUGCUUCUCCGGUGGCCAGUAACCAGCUCAUCUGUGAUCAGUGCUUUUGCUACAUCUGCGACAAGCUGGCAUCAUCGUGUGUAGUUUGGACCUGCAGCGGAGUGUGUCACUGCAACAGCCACAAGAGGAGUGGCUUCUGGAGCAACAUCAGAAACAACUUGCUGCUGGGAGGACUGGCUGCGUUUAACCUCACGCUUUUGGAGAUAGAUUCACACCUUCGACAAGCAGAGGCCAUGCUGCAGAGCUUCAGACAAGAGCUCUCUGUGAAGUUUAUAUCCUUUACGAAAGGCAGGACGCUACAGGAGUAUGGUGUGACCCAGGAGAACGUGCAAGGCCUUAUUUAUGAUUACACACCAGUGUACGAGUUCGUUUCAUCCUUUCUGAACAAAGCGGACAAACAGGACAGCAGAGCUGCAGCCGUCUUGAAUCUGGGAGCAGCAGAGGACUUCAUCAGACAUUUCCAAGUGUCGGGCAAUUUCAUCUUACAGUCUCCCAUCGCUGAUCCUGCUCAGGCUAAAAUAUUGUUACUGCAGAGAGUAAUAGCAUCAGUGCAGAGACUGAUGCUCACGAUGGAUUUUACUCCAGAGUUCAUCAACAAACUUCAGAAUUUUUACAAGAAAUUACAUUUUCCCAGUGACCUGAAGAACAUGAGAAACAGCCUGUUUGUUCGUCCCUGGAACGACGUCCUGCUGGUGUCUGUGCUGAAGGGCCAGAACGUGUCGGGCGUCCGUAAGGAGAGGAAGAAGAAGGACGUCCUGACUGAAUCCUUCACCGUGAUCCUCCACAGGAUGGAUCUACUGCAGCGGCAGCGCAGGUACAGAGAGUUGUGUCGAUAUCUACGAGUCGUUCAGACUGAUGCCUCCAAACUCCUCCAGCAGGUGCAAGACCUCAUCCCUUACUUCAUGUGCUUGGAGGGCGACUUCACGUCCGCUCUGACGUGUCUCUUUCCGUCAGUGAGAGCUCCCGCCUCCCACCUGUCUCCGCGCCACUUUGUCUUUUAUCUCAGGAUCUUCACGACGGCGACAGCACCGAGGCUGGUCGUCACUCAGCCGGCACAGCUCUGCCUCUCUAACGUGGCGUGGGAGCCUGUUAAAGAUGCCGUUCCACUCAAGAGCACUGAGCUGGUGAGGUUUGCUCUCAAGGUUCAGAGAAACUGCCCCGCCGUAUACGCUGAUUCUCACUGUUGGGCCUGUUUACUCGCCAUCGUCAACGUACCCUGUUCGCUCCCCGCGCCCAGCCCUCAUUUUCUACAGGAGGCGUUGGACGUGGUGAAUGCUGUACUUCUCGGAGAGCACAGCGCCAACCUCCUGAUCCCGCGCUCAUUUCAGGAGGCGUACCCGGACCAGGCCUUGUUGCUGCUGGUAACAGGAGCUUUACGUCUGAGAAUCCUGAGUGGUCCUCUGAGUCCAGUGCUACCUGUGCUUAACACGUUUAAGGAGAAUGUGUGGGCCUUCAAAUGGCUGUGUGACGGUUUGUCCAGCAGCAAAGAACGUCACGACUCCUUCGCUGAGGAGAUCAAACGUGAGGUGGAAAACGCAGGUGGAGAGAAUGUGUUUCCCUACAUCUUACCCGCUCCUUCAGAGGACUGUGAGCAGAGGUCACCUGGUUAUCAAGCUUGACUCCAGCCAAGAGUCCACUGCUGAUCUCCCAUCACAGUAUUCGCACCAUUUGCACAUAAGAUAGUGAGGCCUGCACAUCCAGGGUCGAGGACUGUGGGCGGUUUCCAACUGCACAAAGAUGUUUUACUCUACCUUCACAGAUCAGCAGCUUUCAGUACGAUGCAAAGGCUUCUUCACUGAAUGUUGUUUUUACUGAUUGUGUUCGGUAGCUACCUCUGUUCUCUUUUUCUUUUCUUUUAAUAUAACACAUGUUCAAAAAGCAGUAAUUAUGUUGUUCUAGUAAAUAAAUAAAUUACUACUCAGGUUGCAGAACAAAACUGUAAAA